GUAUUUCCUAUGUCUAGUUUGUCAGAUAUCUUUUUAUCUAGAGAUCUAGAUCAAGAUUAGCUAAGAAUUUAUUAUUCUAGGUAGAUCUAGAUCUUCGUCAGAGCAGCCACUGGGCUAAAGCAAUUUGUAUCUAAAGAUGCUCGACAAUGACAAUCCGAUGUUCAGAUGCUACAAACUAUUUUGGUGCCUAAUGAGUUUCUGAUCGUUGUGUUCCAAUGACUAAGAUCGUGAGAUUGUCGUAAGAAAAGCAGAAUUUUAUUUUUUGAACGAAAAUGAAGCGACUCAAGACUAUUGUGAAAUCAAAGAAAACUCAGUUAGACAUAGCUCACAGCAGUAUGAAUGAUUUCCAGGCUCCUGAAUACACACGCCAAUCUGAGAAUGCAAUUUUUGUAUAUUGCUUGUUAAGUGACGGCCCGGUGUAUAUUCACAAGUGUGCUCAAUCAGGAGACGCAAAGGAAGUCUCACGGAUUAUCAGUAAAGAUCCAAGUCGAAUCAACGCAAAAAGCAAAAUGGGAAAAACUGCUUUGCAUCUGGCAGCCCACAAUGGUCAUUCAGAAGUUGUGGAUACACUGAUCUCAUUCAAUGCUGAUCUGAGCCUGCAAGACAGAGAUGGAAACACUGCUCUACAUCUGGCCGUUAUAUCUGCCAAUGCACAGAUAGUAUCUAUGCUGUUACAGAGGGGCGCCUACCCCAAAGCCAGAAAUCACCGAAAUAUGAUGGCCGUGCACGUGGCAGCUGAACUAAAUAAUGUUGAAGUCAUAAAGACUUUACUGGACAAUGGGGUGGACCCAAGUUGGAGAGGGGAAAAUGGCAUGACAGCUUUACAUUACGCGGCUGCUAAAAACAACGGAGAAGCAGUGAGCAUUAUGAUGGAGAAUGGAGCUCAGCCAAACGUUAAAGAUGACCGUGGCUAUUUUGCGAUUCACACAGCUGCCAGGUGCGGCGCAUCAGACGCAAUAAAAGCUAUAUUAGAUGGAGCUAUAAAAUCGAGUUGGACUAGCCAUCAAAUUUUAUAUCUCAAAGACAAAGAAAAUAAUUUUCCUCUUCACUCAGCUGUGAACAGCGGCGACAUUAAAUCUGUGAGAGUUUGUCUUUCUGCUGGAGCUUCUCUGAAAGUUCAACAGGAAGACGGAUCGACUCCAUUGCACUUUGCCUGUGCCAGUGGAAACUUAGAAAUGAUUCAAGUCAUGAAGGAAAUGAAUAAAGAUGAAUUCAUGACCACAAUUACUGUGCUGGACGCCAUGAGGAUGACUCCCCUUCACAGGGCAGCACUCUUCGAUCACACCUUGAUCAUACAGUUUUUAAUUGAACAUGGCGCCGACAUAAAUUGUCGAGAUAUCAGCAACAGCACUCCACUUUUAUUGGCGGUUUCCAAAUCUUGUUGGGCGGCUGCCCAGCUUUUAGUUAUCAGUGGUGCAGACGUCAGCUUCAAGGAUAAAAAGAACAGGAAUUUCAUCCAUAUCGCUAUUCAACGUGGGGGCAAACUGGAUCAAACAGGAGUGACUUUAUUGAAGAAAAACGUAAUCUCUAUCCAAAAUGAGAAAGAUGAUUAUGGGUGCAUACCUCUUCACUACGCUGCAAAAGAAGGUCAUCUGAGUGCCAUCGAUGAACUGAUUAAGAUGGGCUCAAUAGCUACAUUAAAGAACAAAGAUGGUCAAUCCUCGUUUCACUUCGCUGCCAAGUAUGGUCGAUCUGGAACUUGUAUUGCUCUACUGAAUAGUAACUAUGGUCCCCAGCUGCUGAAUGAGGCAGACAUCAACGGACUGACAGCUCUUCACAUUGCAGCUUACUAUGGUCACACCAGGAUUGUCCAUUUGCUGCUCCAGAGGGGGGCAGUUGUCUGCAGGGAUUACAGUGGCAAUUCUGCACUUCAUCUUGCGUCUUCUAAAGGCUUCACGUCUACAAUGAGGGCUUUAGUGAGUGUCCAUUCUAAUUUAAUAGACGAGUCCAAUAGGGAUGGGGAUACGCCACUACAUAUGGCUGCGAGGAACGGUCACGCGAUUGCGGUACUGUAUCUUCUCACCAAAGACGCAAAGAUUCUUUAUAACUUUCAAAAUGAAACUUUCUUUGACUGUAUCGUAGAACGAAGUUGUACAGAAGUUGCCGUGGCUGUUGUCAAUCAUGACAGGUGGACUGAGGUCAUACAGACCUAUUCCAGAAUACAUGGAUCCUUUCUGCUAGGACUUAUUAAGCAUUUGCCUUCUGUUUGUUUGACUAUCCUUGACCGAUGCCAAACCUUGUCAGAGGAUGAUCCUAAAAGUCUAAACUUUCAUAUAACUUACUACUUUAAAUAUCUGGAAGUACCCAAAAAAGUGGCAGGGACAACAAGCACAAGUUUAGAAGAUAACCAUUCUCCAUUACAGUCUUUAAAUGCUAUGGUAAAAAACAACAGAGUCUCCUGUUUGUCUCAUCCUGUGUGCGUCACGUUUCUCAAAGUCCAAUGGAAACGUUAUGGCUUCUAUGUGUACACGUGCUAUCUGGUGGUCUAUGUUAUUAAUUUAUUUUGUAUAACUCAUUUUGUUAUUACUUUAAACUCUUUGAAGCACUAUGACUACAACUUGAACCAAAACUCGACCAAACUAUAUCUCUAUGGUAACGAAUAUAAACUAUCUCUCGAGUUCUCUCAAGUUGAUUGGCUCACCGGUUGGAUCAUCUUGCUGUACAAUGUCUUCAAUAUAGUCAAGGAGUGUGGCCAAAUAUAUAUCUUGAAAAAAAAGUAUUUUACUGACAUAGGGAACGUGGUAGAGUGGAUUUUAUACACAUCUUCCAUCUUGUUUGUCGGCCCAUUUUUUCUGAACCAUUCUUUCCACUGGCAAUGGGCAAGUGGGGCGUUGGCUGUAUUUUUUGUUUGGUUCAAUUGUUUGGUCUUCUUACAGAGGUUUGACUUCUUUGGUAUUUACGUUGUAAUGUUUCUGGAGAUACUCCGGACACUGCUUCAAGUUCUCUGUGUGUUUUCCAUACUCUUCAUAGCAUUUGGUCUGUCACUGUAUGUGCUUAUGUUUAAUGAGGAGUCUAACUCUCACUCUACCCCACUGUUGUCCAUACUGAGGACGUUCAUGAUGAUGAUAGAAAUGGAGUACUUAUCAUCUUUUAACGAAGGUUACACGGACAACAGAGAUGACACUAUACACUUUGGAAAGUUAACCAUUAUCCUGUACAUAGCCUUUGCCAUACUCAUGCCCUUAUUACUAAUGAAUUUACUGAUUGGUUUGGCUGUUGGUGACAUUGAGUCAGUACAGAGAAAUGCCAGAUUAAAGCGGCUGGCUAUGCAGGUUGAUUUACAGAUCAAUAUAGAAACAAUGGUACCAAGGUUCAUUUUGCAGCAAAUUUCACUCGAAAAGUUUAAAUAUUAUCCUAACACUCGUAAAAAAUUUUUUAAUUAUUUCUUUCGCAUUCUGAAUACACAAGAUGCGGAUGACAUCAAAUGCCUAGAAGCUAGCGCCCAAGGUGCUUUGAUCUUUGAUGAACUCCACAGACAGAAACAGAAGUUAAAAGAUAUGAACAAUGUGUUAGAAAAGAACCAUCAUCUCUUGAGUCAGAUUUUGAAGAAAAUGGGGAUGAAGUCAGAGGAAGAAGAUUGGGACGAGGGAGAGAAACUGGACGGCGAUGAUAGUAGCGAUGAAAUGGAACUCAUUCAAGUCAAAUCCAUAUUUCACACCGAGCCCCCUAAAUCUCAGAUUCUAUCUUAUAUCAAAAGGUCUAGUCUAUCCACUGAUAUCUGAGAUCAAAAUAUCUAGCUUAUCUACAGAUGGUCUUCAAAAUGUCUAGUUUAUAAACUGAUGGAGUUCAAAAAGUCUAUCUUAUCUACUGAUGGACUUCAAACAGUCUAGUUUAUCUACUGAUGAACUUCAAAAAGCUAUUCUAUCCACAAAUGUCUAAGUUUGCUUGAUGAUGAUUUAUAAAGAAAUUUUUUGAGCUAAUUCUUUGGUAUUUCAAUGCAUUAAUUAAUGGCUAGUGUUGCUAGACACUGGAUACAAUGAUGUCAGACUAAUCCUAAUUUAGGGAUCUAUGAACAAGUUUAAAUGCUUAUGUAAAUAUUGUUUACUAGAAAUGUAUAACAUAAUUCAUAACCUGAGAUAAUAAAAAAAAUUGUUUAUUAUGUGACUCUAUACAGUCAUUAUU